AUGUUCUCGAGAAUUAUCCGGACCCGUGGCGUCGCCCAAGUGGGCAGACAGCCGGCAACACAGCUGUUUCGCCGCUCUGUGACCACGGACGCUGCUUCUGCUCACGCGGAGGAUAUUCCAGCUGAAGAUGACAAGCCAUUCUCCGUCAAACUCUCCGACGAGAGCUUCGAGACUUACGAACUCGACCCUCCACCAUACACCUUGAAGACGACCAAGAAAGAGCUCAAGCAGAUGUACUAUGACAUGGUAUCGAUAAGACGUAUGGAGAUGGCUGCGGAUCGACUUUACAAGGAGAAGAAGAUUCGAGGAUUCUGCCACUUGUCGACUGGCCAGGAAGCCGUUGCUACUGGUAUCGAACACGCCAUUACCCCAGACGACAAGCUCAUUACUGCCUACCGAUGCCACGGAUUUGCCAUGAUGCGUGGUGGUACCGUUCGCUCGAUCAUCGGCGAGCUGCUCGGUCGCCGUGAGGGAAUUGCCUACGGAAAGGGAGGAUCUAUGCAUAUGUUUGCUAAGAACUUCUUUGGUGGUAACGGAAUUGUCGGCGCUCAGGUGCCCGUCGGUGCUGGUCUUGCCUUUGCUCAGCAGUACAAUGGCGAGGCAAACACCACCGUCUGUCUGUACGGUGAUGGAGCAUCUAACCAGGGCCAAGUUUUUGAGGCCUUUAACAUGGCUAAGCUAUGGAACCUCCCUGUCAUGUUUGGCUGUGAGAACAACAAAUACGGAAUGGGAACCGCUGCCAACCGCUCUUCCGCUCUAACCGACUACUACAAGCGAGGACAGUAUAUCCCUGGUAUCAAGGUCAACGGAAUGGACGUUCUUGCUAUCAAGGCUGCUGUCCAGUAUGGCCGUGAGUACACCGUCAGCGGCCAAGGCCCUCUAGUCUUCGAGUACGUCACCUACAGAUACGGUGGCCACUCCAUGUCCGACCCCGGCACUACCUACCGUACCCGUGAAGAAAUCCAGCGUAUGCGCAGCACCAACGACCCCAUUGCGGGACUCAAGCAGAAGCUUCUUGACUGGAACAUCACCUCCGAAGAGGAGCUCAAGGCCAUUGACAAGGACGCCAGGUCGAUGGUUGACGAGGAAGUUGCCAUUGCUGAGAAGAUGCCUGUUCCAGACGCUACUUCGCGUAUCUUGUUCGAAGACAUCUACGUCCGUGGCAGCGAGCCCAAAUGGAUGCGUGGCCGCACCGCCGACGAGACCUUCUACUACUAA